UUUACAGGUAGAUAUCUGAGAUAAAAUCACCCAUCUGCCUUCGGACGUCACAGAUCCGAGUGUUCCCACGAGCAUCUCAUCCGUUGAGAGUUUCCAAGAUCACCCCCACCGAUCACGAUGCAUCGGGUGAAGACGUUGUUUGUGAGCCUCGCCCCCCUUGCCGGACAAUGCAGCCAGGAGGCGAGGGUGAGAUUCAUCAUAAGGGCGAGUGCAUGCAUCGAGGCCCGCCGGAACACCAGUGAUUCGAGUCAGAACCGGACGUUCGUCACGAAUCCUGCCGCCCAAGAGCCGUUCCUGAGCGGGAGCUCCUCGACCUACAUGGAGGAGAUGUACAACAUGUGGCUCCAGGAUCCAUCGAGUGUGCAUGCUUCGUGGGACACGUUCUUCCGCGGGGCCUCGGCGGGGGCGAGCCCGGGGGAGGCGUACAUGUCUCCCCCGUCGGGGCUGGCUCCCCUGCCGCCGAACACCGUGUCCGUGGCGAGCCUCCUGGGGCCCUCCCUCGCGCACGCGCAGGUGCACCCGCACGCCCUCACGUCCGUGGACGAGAAGCUCAUCUCGGAUCAUCUCGCCGUGCAGGCCAUCAUUCGAUCAUAUCAGGUUUCGAUGGGGGGGGAUGUACGGGGUCACCACUGUGCCGAUCUGGACCCGCUGGGUAUCAAGCAGGAAGAGUUGCGUCAGUUGGUGCUUGUGCCCGAGGGGAUGGAGGGCGUAUCGUUCUUAGACCGAGUCAGACAGAUCAUGCUUUGUGAGUUGUCCCAUGCCUGUUCUGAAGAGGAGGUCCCGACCCCUUCAUCCUUUGGGGAUGUCCCCUUCAUCCCUUGGGGAUGUCCCAUCCGAGGUCACUUUCUAGCCGAUGUGGACCCCCUUGGCAUCACCAGACAGGAAAUGGAAAGUACAAACCAUGCAGAGGUCCUUUCAUUCAGCUUCCCAUUUGGUAAGAUAAGAAUCACAGGUCUCAUUCAGAUGAUUUUUGAAACUGGAUUGACAGAGGAGAAAGACAUGGACAGGAUAUUUCAACUGCCUCCAACCACGUACAUCGGGGGCCGAGAGAAAGCCCUACCUCUACGUGAGAUCCUUCGUCGCCUGGAGGAUGUCUACUGUCGUGGAAUUGGGGUCGAAUACAUGUUCAUCAACAAUCUCGACCAGUGCAACUGGAUCAGGCGCAAAUUCGAAACGCCUGGCAUAAUGGAGUUGAGCAAUGAUCAGAAAAGACUCAUCGUUGCCAGGCUUGCCCGAGCGACUGGAUUUGAGGGCUUUUUGGCCAGAAAGUGGUCAUCUGAGAAGCGGUUUGGCCUGGAGGGUUGUGAGAUUCUCAUCCCUGCCAUGAAGCAAAUCAUAGAUGUCUCCAGCAACCUGGGAGUGGAGUCCAUCAUCAUGGGAAUGCCUCAUCGGGGACGUCUCAACGUCUUGGCAAACGUUUGCCGUAAACCACUCGAACACAUCUUCUGCCAGUUUGCUGCUCUGCAAGCUGCAGAUGAGGGUUCAGGAGAUGUGAAGUACCAUCUGGGAACAUAUAUCGAGCGACUUAACCGCUUGACCAACAAGAACAUCCGCAUGGCUGUUGUGGCCAAUCCUUCUCACCUGGAAGCCGUGGACCCCGUCGUGCAGGGCAGAACCCGGGCCGAGCAGUUCUAUCGGGGUGACAAUGAAGGCAAAAAGGUGAUGUCGAUGUUGCUGCAUGGAGAUGCUGCAUUCUCCGGACAAGGGGUGGUGUAUGAGACGUUCCACCUCUCCGAUCUUCCCGAGUACACGACCCAAGGCACGAUCCACAUCGUGGUCAACAACCAGGUCGGAUUUACCACCGACCCUCGAUUUUCACGAUCCUCACCAUACUGCACUGAUGUGGCAAGGGUGGUUAAUGCGCCCAUUUUCCACGUGAAUGCUGAUGAUCCUGAGGCUGUGAUGCAUGUGUGCAAUGUUGCUGCAGAAUGGAGGGCCACCUUCCACAAGGAUGUUGUUGUUGAUCUGGUGUGCUACCGACGGUAUGGACACAACGAGAUUGAUGAACCCAUGUUUACCCAACCAAUAAUGUACCAGAAGAUCCAUGAUAUGCCACCAGUCCUUGAGAAAUAUUCAGAACGGCUAGUCAAGGAGAAUAUCAUUACCAAUGAAGAAGUGAAGGAACUGAAGGAUCGCUAUGAGCAGAUCUGUGAGGAGGCACUCUCAAAUGCCCAAAAGGAGACCCAGUUUUACUACAAGCACUGGUUGGAUUCCCCAUGGUCAGGUUUCUUUGAGGGAAAAGACCCCCUGAAGGUCUCCCCCACUGGAGUGAAGGAGGAAACCCUUGCACACAUUGGGAAGAAGUUCUCGUCUCCUCCGGAGAAUGCAGCAGAUUUCUCCAUCCAUAGAGGUCUGAAGAGGAUUUUGAGUGCCCGCAUGGACAUGGUGAAGGAGCGGACGACCGACUGGGCUUUGGCAGAGGCGAUGGCUUUCGGUUCUCUACUGAAAGAAGGUAUCCACGUCAGGGUGUCUGGUCAGGACGUCGAACGAGGCACCUUCAGUCACCGGCAUCAUGUGCUGCAUCACCAGAAGGUGGACAAGGCCACGUAUUGCACCCUGCAGUAUCUUUACCCUGACCAGGCUCCAUAUACAAUCUGCAACAGCUCCCUAUCAGAGUUUGCUGUAUUGGGUUUUGAGCUGGGAUUUUCGAUGACAAAUCCGAAUGCACUGGUGUGCUGGGAGGCCCAGUUUGGAGACUUCUCCAAUAAUGCACAGUGCAUUUUUGACCAGUUUGUUUCCAGUGGGCAAACCAAGUGGGUGCGACAGUCUGGCCUUGUCGUCCUCCUCCCUCAUGGCAUGGAGGGGAUGGGCCCAGAGCAUUCCAGUGCCAGACUGGAACGCUUCUUGCAGAUGAGCUCUGAAGACCCUGAGUAUUAUCCUCCUGAGACAGAAGAAUUUGCCAUAAGACAGCUACAUGAUACCAACUGGAUUGUGGCAAAUUGCACUUCCCCAGCCAACUACUUCCACAUUUUGCGUCGGCAGAUUGCACUCCCCUUCCGGAAGCCCCUCAUUUGCAUGACGCCGAAAUCCCUUCUGAGACACCCCGAGGCAAAGUCCUCCUUUGAUGAAAUGAAAGAGGGUACUGAAUUCCAAAGAGUGUUAUCCGAGGCAGGAAAGGCAAAGGAGGAUCCUGACAACGUGAAGAAGCUCAUCUUUUGCUCGGGGAAGGUCUACUACGACCUGACCAAAGUAAGGCGCGAACGAAACCUCGAAGAUAAGAUUGCCAUCGCUCGCAUCGAACAGUUGACACCAUUUCCAUUUGACAUGGUGAGAAAAGAAGUUGAACGUUUCCAAAACGCCGAAAUUGCCUGGGUGCAGGAGGAACACAAGAACCAGGGGGCCUGGUUCUUUGUUCAGCCCAGGGUCAUCACGGCUCUGUCUGGCCUCAAGACCAUCAGCUUCAUCGGACGGCCGACUAGCGCUUCCCCAGCCACCGGAAGCAAGCACCAGUAUGCAAAGGAGUUGAACAACUUCCUUGAAGAUGCCAUGCAGUUCUGAAUUCGUCUCCUGUAGUUCUCUGGAUCUAACCUUUUUUUUUAGUUAAUUUAUUGCUUUCUGUCAAGAGGUGUGCAUAGUUUUACCAGUACUGUUUUUUUCCCAGAUUUAUAAGUGGAGAUUCAGGUGAAGAUAGUACCUGAGACUCUCAUUGCUUGAGUGUUUUUUUUUUCCCAACAGUAC